CUAGACACCUGAAGAAGCCGAGAAGAAUGACCAGUCUACUACGUUUGUAGGGUAAUUCAUUUUUAUGUCAGGGAAUGCUACUUUCAUAACUUACUAUGACAUAAACAGGCAACGGCUGUAGGGAUGUUUCUUCAGAUAGGUACAUUGAGUGAAUUCCUCACUGGCUUUCAGGAGCCUAGGUAUCAAAAAAUAUCAACAAAUGAUUUUAGAUGUCUGGAAAAGCACCAUCUCUAAGCUUACCACGAAGAAUAAUUUGGUGCAAGUGAAAUAUUCCAUCCGUGUCUCUUGCUUUAAAUGACCUAACUUGAAUGAACAAGUUGGUUGAAUUUUGUGUUUGGCAUAGAGAUAGUGAAAUGUGCUGUAAGAUUUAUGCACAAUGGGACGCUCAUGGGAACGAAGAAGAGGCCUUGGCCUCUUUGGCUUUUAAUUUCUUCACUUGCCCUACAAGGAGUUUUAGAAGUAGAAAACAAACCACUGAACCUGCUGACCUGAAUUCCAUGCUGCUCCCACCCUAAGUCACAUGCAUAUCUAGGAUCACGAUGGCUCUAUGCUAGAAUUUUUGCAUUAAGCAAGGUUGGAAAAAAGAAAGCAAUAUGCAUUUUGACAGUCAGAAACUAUUGUUUUCACACGAUAGUUUGAGUUGGUUGAGAUCAUAGAUGGGGAAAUUCUAGUUUCAUCCUCAUAAAAUGUUUUCAUAACCCAAAUGUAUUGUAGCACUGAGAACACUAUGUUUUUAUCUUCUUUGAGUAAAUAGCUAAUACACACAUAAAUGACCUGCAAUGGCUUUACAUGUUUAGAAAAUACUAAACUCUGGAAACAUGUCACUAACUACAGUAUAGCUUUUCUGACUAUUCUUAAAUUCUGCCCCACCAGGCCUUUCCUUUCCAAGCUCCAUUGCUUCUGGGACAACAGGAGUGGGUUUCCAUUUCAUUACUUCCUGUUAUUCAACUUCCUGUUAAGCAAAACCCCUUUCAAGCUUUCUUACCAGGGAAAAAUGUUAGAUUUCUCCUGCUGCACAGGAGGAUACUUCUCCUGCUGCACAGCCCAUUGGCAUUUUUGUGUGAUUGUGCUGUUGUAAUCAUUAUGAUUAUUUCAACAUCCAGAAUGUGCGUUUGUCUUCCUCAGUUUCCCGUUUUAUUUGGGGACUACCCUUACUUCAUGUUUCUCUCACUUCCCGUUCAUUCACCCCCCUUUUCUUUUAUAAAAGAGUGUUAUUCUGAGACAAAUUUUCAUAGGCAGCUUCAAAGGUAGUACAGAGAGGCUCCCAUCCCCUUCACCCAGGUUUCCCCAAUGGCUACAUCUUACCCACUACAGCACAGCAUCAAAUACAGGAAAUGGAGAUUGGUGUGAUGUGUGGAUUGCUCUAUACCAUUUUACUUCGUGUGGAGAGAGAUUUGUUUAACCAGCUCAACCAUCAAGGUACGGAAUUCUUCCAUCUCUACGUGGAUGUCCCUGUGCUACACCUUUACAGUCGCACCUUCACCCUCCCUGCCUGUCCCAAUCUCAGACAACUACUAACCUGUUCUUCCUUUCUAUAAUUUUACCAUUCUGAGAAGAUAAUGUAAAAAUAGAGUUCUGAACUUUGAGAUGGGCUUUUUUUCAACUCAGUGUAAUGACCUUGAGAUCCAUUCAAGCUUGUAUCUGUAUCAUAUUUUUUCCUCUUUCUUACGGAAUAGUAUUCCCCGGUAUGGACAUUCCAGAUUGUUUAACCAUUUAUGUAUGGUAGGAAUUUGCGUUGUUCCAGAUAUCUGGCCAUUAUGAAUAGAGCUUGUGUCAACAAAAUUUACAGGCUUUUGUGUGGGCAUCAAUGUUCAUUUCUUUGGGAUAAAUGCUCAUGUGUGUCCUUUUCAUCCCUAAAUUAUUGAUUUUCUUUCCCAGCUCCUAUUAGUACUUAAUUGGUUACAACACUCACUCAAUAUUUAAGAACUAGUUUAUUCUUUGAUGAACUAACAAAUUUGAUGGACUUUGAUGAGAUUAAUGGGUACAUGCACCAAUGACUGGAGGAAUGUAGCUGUUUGUAAGGUGUCACCAAGGAGAUCCUGUGGAAGAUUUUAAUCCCUGGUCAAAGCCAUCCUCCCAGGUAUGAGCUUGCCCGCCUUUUUGGAAUCACAAGUCUGUCUUUUACACACCACAACUGACUGUUUAUCUAGAGUCUAAAGGAAUCGGCAAAGAAGUUACAUUUCUAAUACCCUGAACCUACAGUUAGGGUAGAUAAGGUAUUUGCCUGAGUUCAUAAAAAUUCACAUAAUGCUUUUUGUCUAUAAGAUAUUUCUUAAAGGAUACUCUGUGCAAUGUAGGAAUUUUAAAAAAUGGGAUCUUGCACAGUUAGAGGACUUGCUUUAGAAGGUCACAAAAGGUCACAUCUCGGUCUACACUUCUGUGAUUUUCUUCAAAAUCUUGUGAUCGGGAAUAAACUAAAGUGCUGAGAGAGGUUCAGCGUUUAGUAUCACACAGAUAGCAAAUACUGAGGAUGGCCAUUUGGAGGUAGAAGUCAAGAGUGUGAUCUCUCAGUCUACCCUAUGAACUUGAAAACUGUUGGAAGUUAACUUCAUUUUUUUACAUUGAUUUGUUUAUUUUGAGAGAGAGGGUGCACGCCCAAGAGUGAGGGAGGGGCCAAGAGAGAGGCGAGGGAGGGAGUCCCAGGAGGGUCCAUGCUGUCAACUUGGAGCCUGGCUAGGUGCUCAAAUCCAAGCACCAUGAAAUCAUGACCUGAGCCAGAAUUAAGAGUCAGACGCUUAGCCAACUACUUAGUCAACUACUUAGUCAACUACUUAGUCAACUACUUAGCCAACUACCAGCUACCCAGGUGCCCCAAAGAAGUUAAAUUCAUUUUUAAAAACAAUUGAAUUAUAAAUUAAUUGUAAUGAAAAAUCUUUCUCUCAUUACAGAUUAAAUCAGAGAAAUGGAAUUUAGAAAUCAAACUUUGGUGACUGAGUUUUUAUUUGUGGGCUUAACAAAUUGCUUCCGGCACCAGGUUGUUCUGUUUGUGAUGUUUCUCUUGGUUUAUCUGGUCACUCUUCUGGGAAAUGUGGGGAUGAUCACCCUCAUUGGGAUGGAUUCCCGGCUCCACACUCCCAUGUACUUUUUUCUCAGCCACUUGUCCUUUGUGGAUGUCUGCUCCUCUUCUGUCAUUGGUCCCAGGAUGUUGACAGACAUCUUUGUGAAAAAAAAAGUAAUCUCUUUCUUGGGUUGUGCUGCCCAGAUCUGGUUUUUUGGUCAGUUUGUAGUGACAGAGUGUUUUCUGUUGGCCUCCAUGGCAUAUGACAGGUAUAUGGCCAUCUGUAAGCCCUUGUUGUAUACACUCAUUAUGUCCCGGCGAAUCUGCGUGCAGCUGGUGGUAGGGCCUUAUACCAUGGGUCUUAUGAGCACCGUGAUCCACACGACGUUCACCUUUCGCCUGCCUUACUGUGGUCCAAAUACCAUCAAUCACUUCUUCUGUGACCUUCUUCCUGUUCUCUCCCUGGCAUGUGCAGACACCCAGGUCAAUCAGGUUUUACUUUUCAUCUUGGCUGGAGCUCUAGGAGUGCUCAGUGGUGUGAUCAUCCUGGUUUCCUACAUUUACAUCGUGGUCACUAUCUUGAGGAUCCGCUCUGCUGAGGGGAGGCGCAAAGCCUUCUCCACCUGCUCUUCACACCUGACUGCUGUCUCCAUCCUGUAUGGGACACUCUUCUUUAUCUACGUACGCCCCAGUUCUAGUUUCUCGCUGGACAUCAAUAAAGUGGUUUCUGUGUUCUACACAGCUGUGAUCCCCAUGUUGAACCCCCUUAUCUACAGCCUGAGAAACAAAGAGGUCAAGGAUUCAUUCAGGAGGACGUUUGAGAAGAAGAAUCUUCUGAGUAGGUAA